GAAUGCUUUCCGGAAAGAUUGCGAUUACGUUUCGAACCGGAAGAGCCAUUUCACGGACAUAUAUAUGUGAAGGGGUACUUUACACAUGAAAACUGCCAUUUAGAUUUCACGCGGAAUCCAACUGUCAGCCCAUUUGACUUCAAUGUUUUAUAUAAAAGUCCUUGUGUUCAGAAAUGUGAAACGCAGGAAGAACCACCAAAUAUCUUCUUUCACGUGAAUGUCAUCGUUCAACAUCAUCAUUUAUUUCUGACACAAGCGGAUAGCGAGUAUAGUGUUAAUUGCUUUUAUAAACGCGAAAUUGAAAGUUCAGCUCAAGAGAUGAAAGUUAACGGAUGGCGAACCGUAAAAUAUGCAAGUGUUGGCGAUCGACUGAUCCAUAAAUGGAGCUGUGAAUCAGAUGGGUACGGUAUACUUGUUCAUUCAUGCUUUGUUCAUGAUGGUACCACUUCCCAGCUUGUCGAUAAACAAGGCUGUGUCAUUGACCACACAUUAAUGGAACCAUUGAUUUAUAAUGAUGAUCUCACGGUAGCACAUUCGGUGGUGCCAGCGUUCAAAUUUGCCGAUCAGCUUACCAUUCGUUUUCAGUGCAAAGUGACAUUAUGCAAUAAAUCGCAAAGUGGUUGUGAAGGCAUUUCGCCACCCAACUGCGAAAUUGUUUCGACUUCGACUUCGACUACUGAACUGUCUGAAACAGUUCCUGAUGGAUCGACCUCGACUGCCGAAUCUUCUGAAACAGUUCCUGAUGGAUCGACCUCGACUGCCGAAUCUUCUGAAACAGUUCCUGAUGGACCAACUUCGACUACUGAACCUCCUGAAGCACUUCCUGAUGGAUCGACUUCGGCUACUGAAUCUCCAACAGUUCCUGAUGGAUCGACUUCGGCUACUGAAUCCACUUCUGACUCUAAUGAAUCGGAAGAAAAUUCUAAUGAAUCAGAAGGUACGGAAUAG